AUGUCGACGUGGGUCUACCCUCCAUUACCCCCUGACGAGCUUCGAAAAGCUGAGAAUGAGUCUUUGAAACUUGAGCUUCAAUGGCUGCUAGAAUCGCUGCAACGCGCCUUGCCCACUCUCAAAGAAGCCUUGGAGGAAUGCACUGUACUGCUGGCACCGAAAGAACCUGGGUCGACCUUGGUCUUGUCGUCCCUCAGAUCUGAGAGCGUGAAGGGCUUCGUUACAAGGGUUGGCACCAAGCUUGUCAAAGGCGACAUCCAUCUCCGGCUGACUACUCUGCCACCCAACACACCAAGAGGCACCACCACUUCUACGCCAUCCACUCGCUUGAUAUUUCAUUCCUCGUCGUCGUCCGCCGAAAUUGUCCUUUCGCAACUGCUGGCAGUCAAGUCCUUGCUGAAUGACUCUCUCGACAUCAUCGACGUGUCGAGGUGGACCGGCCAGUCGACGGAUUCUUCCUUCAUCUCUGGGCAAUUGAAGCUGCUACACGACCACUUGCGUGAAGCCAAGUCCUGCUUGAAAGGUCCAGUGGCAGGAACCGAUAUCUCUUCAAUCCCAGGAGCCGAAUGGUGGACCCACAGCCCCGAUGAAAACGUGUUCCAACCUCCGCUAGGGGAGAACCUGAGCUUGCAUUUUACGAUCCAGGACGCCAAUCUGGUCCUUACUGUCCGAACUCUUGCCCCAACCUCCCCGGGUGGAACUCCCAGCACGCCUGCGGAGGGAUCUUUUUCUCUCUCGGGACUCAACCUCCGGACGAGAUUGCUGGGACUGGGUCCCAAGCCUCCAAGUCACGAUGAAAUGGGCGAGAUUUAUGAAUGGCGUGGGCGGCAAGAUGUAAUUGUCCGUGAAAAGGUCCGAGUCGAGACGAGCGACCCCAGCUUGCUGAGUAUUGCCGCCAAAUUGAGUGCGCUGGAGCAUGAGGUUGGCCGUUGGCGGAUGAAUCUCCGCAUCAUCCUGACGGGCACUACUGACGAGGAAGAUUGA